AUGUCCGUCGCAUCCAAAGCCGUCAACGCAAGCACGGGCUUCCAACUGCUCCGCAACCCUACCAACCCUUCACCCGAAGAAGUGGCCUCCGCUCUCAAACUUGUCCGAUCCGGCGGCAUCACCCACCCUCAAACAGCCGUUCCCAAUCGCAGCCUUACCAUCCCUUCCCACACCACGUCUCGAUCCAUCAAGGUCGACAUCUACAAUCCCGCUUCCUUGCCUGACACGACACCGCGACCGGUCAUUCUCAACUGGCACGGCAGCGGAUUCGUGGUCGACCGAUUCGGUGCCGACGCCGACGUCAACCGAUGGCUCGUCGACGAGCUCAAGACCGCGACUGUCGUCGAUGCCGAUUACGUCAAGGCGCCGGAACAUCCGUUUCCGGAAGGGAUCCACGAUGCUGUGUCGGCGGUCAAGUGGGUCAUCGCCCAACCAUGGUUCGAUGGUCAGUUGGUGGUCAAGGGUCAUUCUGCCGGAGCGAACUUUGCUCUUUGCCUCUCCUCGCGCUCCAUUGCUCUUUCGCUGGGACUGACGGAGGAAGAGUACUCGCACAUCAAGGCUUGCGUAACGCUCUACCCUCCGACCGAUUCAUCCAUCCCUCUCUCGGAAAAGCCGACCAACGAAGAGGGCGAGCUGCCGGGCAUUCCGAUGUCUCCCCUGUCCGCGCAGAUCAUGCACUUCUUCUUCGGAGCCUACCUCGGAUGGGAUGAAGCGACUCAACUGCAGAUGGGGAAAGAUCCAAGGGUCAGCCCUGCAAAGGCAAGCACGGAGAGCUUCGAGGUGCCUUGCUACAUCAUCGCUUGCGAACACGAUCCGCUCGGGCCCGAGGCCAAGGCGUUUGCCCACAGGCUGAUGCAAGCUGACAAGAAGCACAAGUUCUACUGGGCGCAAGGUGUCGGUCACAGCUACGAGACGAGGAUCCCGGAUGUAAGGGACGAGAAAGUGUUGGAGAGCGCGGGUGGGAAGAGCAAGGUGGAGAGCUUCGCGGGGAUGCUCGAGUUCAUCAGGGAGAACGUUAAGGGUGUGCAGGAGUGA